UUCAUACAUGUAGCACAGUAACACAGGAUAAAUGAAUAGAUGACAAAAGAUAUGCAAUUCAUACACGAGUGCCAUGACUAAUGCUUUGGCUGUAAAGGUUGCUCCGGCUGUUACAGUACAAUGUUAGCCGGCCACAUGGAGGUCAUUAUACAGCGGGGAAAAUAAGUAUUGAACACGUCAACAUUUCUCUCAAAAAACAUAUUUCUAAUCAAGCUAUUGACAUGAAAUUUUCACCAGAUGUCGGCAUCAACCCAAGUAAUGCACACAUACAAAGAAUCCAAACAUUUAUGUUCAUAAAUUAAGUUAUGUGUAAUAAAGUGAAAUGGCACAGAGAAUAAGUAUUGAACACAUGAAGAAAAGGAGGGGUAAAAAGGUCUGGAAAGCCAAGAAAGCAGCUGGAGUCUGUCAGUAUUUAGAAGGUUAACCUGUCCCCUAUUAGUGCAAAGUAAUAUCAGCCGGUUUAGUCCUGAUUAAUGCCUUUUAAAAAGGUUUCUCACCAGCAAGGUGUUAGACAAGAAGCAUUGCAUGAUGGGUAAAAGCAAAGAGCUGUCCAAAGACCUACGCAGCCUUAUUGUUGCAAAACACACUGAAGGCAUUGGUUACAGGCGCAUUUCUAAACUUCUGAAAGUUCCAGUGAGUACCAUUGGGGCCAUCAUCCGGAAGUGGAAAGAACACGGCAUUACCAUAAACCAGCCACGGCCAGGUGCUCCUCGCAAGAUUUCAGACAGAGGAGUCAAAACAAUCAUCAGAAGGGUUCUCCAACAGCCCAGGACCACUCGUGGAGAGCUUCAGAAAGCCCUGGAAUCAGCAGGCUGCUGAAGAUGAAAAGAGGGUGGAUCUUUCAGCAAGACAACGAUCCCAAGCACACAGCCAAGGGUCUUCCAGGGAAGUUCCGGAAACAGUUUCAGCAGUUUGAAAGCAUUGCUGAUCCUUCCAGAAAUCACAAGUUCUACAGAGACCUGAUCACCAGUCUGAGACCUCCACUCAUCCCCUUCACUCCUCUGCUGCUUAAAGAUUUGACUUUUCUUCAUGAGAGUUGUAAGACUUUUCACGGCCAGCUGGUCAAUUUUGACAAGAUGCACAAAGUUGCCGACAUGGUGCGAAGCAUACGAAGAUACCGUAGUGGACAACUGGCCAUGGAUAUGGAGACGUCGCCAUCCCACCUGCAGACCAAAGCGUACGUGCGACAGCUGCAGGUGAUCGACAACCAGAACCAUCUCUUCGACCUGUCCUGCAAACUGGAGCCCAGAGACACGUAGAGAUGCCAGGACGCGUCCCACCUCCUCUUCCUCCCUCUCAGCGAACACGUUAAAAGCUUAUUAACAGGCAGCCAAUCAGGCGAAGCUUGGCAGCCAUCUUGUCUCCUUCCUGACCACAGACGACAUGUAGUCGCAGUUUGACCUCCACCCAGCUGAUGAGGUGAGCCUAGUGAUGGCUGAUUUAUCUCUUCAAAGGUCAACCUCUGACCUCAGGGGCGUGUCUUUCUUCUUAAUGAAUGAGGAGGACAGCAGAGAAGUAAACAAAUGUUUAGUCAUUUCUGUCUGGGAAGGUGUACCGUGACACUCUAUGGGCGGCGCUUGUGCAAUAACAGGAGGCGAUGCACGUCUGGUGUCAACCAAGCAUGUCGACGACGCUCAGGGCUCCCAGGUUUUGUGUACUUUUUGUGAUGAUGAUUAAGACUUAUUUUUCUUCUUUCCCUUGUUGUCUUUGGAUCAUUUCGAUCAACAAAGACAGAGGGAUAUUUUUUUAAACGUUGUCUCAUUGCAACGCUAAAUGACAUCACACGUCUGCUAGUCGACACCUGGCGGGGCUCUGCUGCGGCCAGUCCUGGAUUCAAGUCAUUCAUUUCCAAAUAUUAAACAGGCGUCUCAAAAGAUGACAAAAUUCCAAUUCCAAAAUACACAUGACACAGGGUAUGAAUGUUGGGCCGCGCGGCGGAUGAGUGUUUAGCAUGUAGGCCACACAGCGAGAAGAUCCGGCUUUGAUUUUCUGCUCGGGCAUCUCUUUGUGGAGUUAGCAUGUUCUCCCUGUGCAUGGCUUUUCUCCGGGUAAUCCGCUUUCCUCCCCAGUUCCAAAAGCAUGCUAGCUUGAUCGGCCACUCCAAAUUGUCCAUAGGUAUGAAUGUGGGUGGGAACGGUUGUUUGUCGAUACGUGCCCUGUGAUCGGCCGGCCACCGGUACAGGGUGUACCCCGCCUCUCGCCCCCAAAGACAGCCGGGAUAGACUCCAGCAUACCCCCACCACUAUAGUGAGGAUAAGCGGUGUAAAAAACGGAUGGCCGGACAGUAUGAACUGUUUAAUCUUCCGAGUCCAUGAAUGAAAGAAAUGAAUCAGUAGAUGAAUUUACCCGCUGACUAAAAUAUCUGUCGGCGAGCCAGGGCUGAUAGUGAGUAACAGCGCCUCCCGUAUGCUCAAAGUGUUAACCAAUUAGCGUUGUCAUAUUGAAACAAGAUCGGCCUCCUUGUGUUUUCAGAUUGAUUUAGAAGAAGUAUUUUGACCUGUUAGCAUCACAGGUAGUCUCAGGAAACUCGCUGGGUGUUGAAGCCUCCUGCCGGACAACAUAGAAACAUUCAAAGUAGACGUGAACGGCCGGUCUUUGCUGUAAAACUCAGGCGUGUCCGUUUGUAAAGGUCGCGUAUGGAGUGGCUGACCUUGAAACAUGUACAUAGUGUGAGUGUGUAAAUAGUUCCAAACGAAAGGAGAAUCUAUUUUAAAGAUGUUUGUUUCACGUAGAGAUGAGAUUUUAUUCACGUGUGUUGUUUACAUUGUGCCAAACCGUGAGCCAUGACAAGUAAAGAUCCACGUUAGCAUGACGAUGGUAUUUGUCAAGGGUCGAGGAGCGAGCUACACGAGCUGGCAGUGCUGUAGCAUUUGCGCUUUCAGUCGUGAACUUGUAACUUUGUUCUCUGAAAUGUAACCAAGAAUUUGUAUGCUUUAAAAGUAUGGAGACAACCACCAAUAUUUUUGCAACCUUUUUCUUUGUAAUGAUUUGGCACUUUAAGAUGGCAUUCCUAUUUUGAAACGAUGCAUCACAAUGUUGUUUCCUGCAGUUGCUCAAAUAAACCUGAUGAAGGCGA